AUGAGGCUCCCGCCCUUUGUACUGGCUUUGGUGGCGGCCAUCUGUCCUGGGGUUUCCUCCACGGCUACUGACGAUUGUUUGGCAUGCGUGGAGGGCAAAGGGUCCUGGCAACUAAGCUCAUGCCACUCUGCAGAUCGUCUGGGGCAUUGCCCCAUUGCAGAUGCCGACUGCUGCACAGACGCAGAGUGCUGUGUUACCAGUGGCUGCCGAUCACCUGAAGACAUGCUUGUCGAAUCAUGGGCGUCAGACCAUCCAGUGUCCUGCCACAGAUGUUGUGAGGAGUCGUCGCAGGGGUGCAAGUUCCGGACCUACGUGGAUGGUGCCGCAACGUAUUCUGAACCACACUACAACGUGGAGGAAGUUGUGCCUGGCAAGAUGUGUGCGGAUGUUUGGCCCGAUCCAGGCACUACAUGCCCACCUUGUGCAUACUGCGACAUUCACACCGAACAGGAGUUGAUCAAGAGACUACACGAGUGCAACUGCCAGACUAUCCAUCCUGAAACAGACUGCGGUGACCCUACGUCAUGCGAGUGCUACUGCCACAAGCAGGCGCAGGGGCUUGAGCGCUGUCCACACGUGCGACUGCCCCGAUCCGAGCUGUGA